CCCCAUGCCGGACAGGCCGACGCCGGAAGGCCCCCGGGAAAGGCACUUCCGGCCCCAUCACGCCCGGAACGGGCGGGGCCUCCGCUUUCCUAGCAACCGGCGGGCGUCCCGGAAGCGCGCGGGACGGCGACUUCCGCCUUGGAGCGCGCAAGUCCUCGGCGGGGCGGCUCGCCCUCCGUCCGAGCCCGGGAGCUGGGGUGCGCCGCCGCCGGACGCCGCGACGGGGCGCUGCGGAGCGAAGACGGCGGCCCGAGCGGCAGGGGCGACCGGACAGGAGCAGCCAUGUUCAGCUUCUUCCGGAAAACGCCAGAUCCCAAGAAGACGUCCGUCCCCGAGAGAGAGGCCGACGGCUUUGUCCUUCUCGGCGACACGGCUAAUGAGCAGAGGGCGGCAUUAGGAGUCCUGAGUUCGGGAGCUACGUCUCAGCAGCCUCUGCGGGCGGAGCGGGGCGGGCCGGCCGAGGCGCCGGGCCGGGCCGAGGCGGCGGACCAGACCCCGGGCGCGGCGCCUCCGACGUCGGAGCUGCUGAGCGACGUCCCCUUCACCCUGGCCCCGCACGUGCUGGCGGCCCGGGACCCCCUCGCCGACCUUCCCGACGGGCUGCUCAGCUCCGACGCAGGCCGCGACCUGGCCCGCUUCUGCUACGACUUCACCCUGGAAAACUCCGUCCUCUGGGAUGCCUAACUCCCCCGGCCCGGGGCCUCCCGCCCCCACGCGCCGGACCCCGCAGGGAGGGGGUCGGCCCACUGCCAAUGGGUGGUCCCGGAAACCAAGAGGGCCCGUCCACCACCGGCUCCCUCGGCCGCGUACUUGGCGUCAAAUAAACAAGCUCUUCUCCCCCAAAAAAGCCAUCGUCGGGUGCUGAACUCUCCCCCUCAGAAGACUUGGAAGCCGUGUGAGGAAAACCAGAAAAGCCCGCACGUCCCGCGAAGGACGGGCCAGGAUAUGUGCCCGUGUCCCGUGCCGGGACGCAACGGGAGGGGAGACGGCGGUUUCCUCCUGGGAUUUCCCGGGGCCCGACGGUCGUCUUCUUCCCGUCGGGAGCGAGAGCGGGGAUCCGGGCCCGAGGUGUCCCUUCCGCCGUCGGGGCGGCCCCGACUGGGCCUGAGAUGGAGAAGUUGGCCGAGAAAGCCGGCCGGCCGGCGCCGGCUCCCCCGAAGGAGGGCGGCUGGUGCCCGCUGGGUGGACGCUGGGGAAUUUGGGUUCUCUGGCAUUGCCAGCACUUGUCUUUGAGCACUUUUGUUCCCUGUGUUUCCAGCAAUGGCUUGGCGGGGCGGGAGGCGCGGGGGUCUCCAACUUCUGCUGCUUUGGAUCGGGGGUCUCCUUCUCUCCCUCUCCUCCUUCUCCCCUCCUCUGCCCUUCUUUCCCACUCUCCUUGUCUUCCCUCUGCUUU